UCUCUAUAUAUUUUACCUCCUCCUGCACACCUGCUACUCCACAGCUCACAUAUCUGGUAGCUGCACCCAGUUCGCUCUGGCAUUCCACCGUCGCAUCCACACACUUUCUUCCUGACCUUUUUUCUAGCUAGUUCUCCUGUGGAAGCAACAGCUCAGUACCUGUUCUGGUGACUAACUCAUUCUGUAGCGUUGCCAUCCGGGCACCUGGCUGGAACAUCGAUGUCAACCAUUGCGAUGGAGACGGCCGGGAUCCGUGCCGCGGCCUGGGUGGUGGGCAAGGCGCUGAGCCCACUAUCCGACGGUGUGCUGGAGGCGUGGACAGCGAGCGAACAGCUCGGAUCCAACAUAAAAGCCCUAGAGCUGGUACUGUUAGAGGCGCGAGUGAAGCUGAAUAGUGCCCAGGGCAAGGCGAUCCCCAACGACCCUAAUUUGGCGGAGCUGCUAGACAAGCUGCGCCAGGUCGUGUAUGGGGCUGAUGACGUGCUGGACGAGCUCGACUACUUCCGCAUCCAGGAUGAGCUCGAUGGCACCUACCAUACCGCCGACGAGCAUGCUGCUGGCUGGGCCCAAAACCUCGCCCUCAACGCUCGCCACACGGCUAGAGCUUGUGUGAACAAACUUAAGUUUCCUGCUACCAGGAACGACGAUCCUGACAAUGGUGCCAAACAAGGAUGCCUCUCAGGCAUCCGCUCAUGUGGCCGGCGCGAGAUCAGAUCAUCACCACCGUCACCCGACAAUCAGCUGGCUGUCCAGAAGGCUCACAACGGAUGCAUGCCGCCUAAGGCUAUCCACUAUACCGGUAAACACUUCUCUUGCUUCUCCUUACUGUCUGUCGACCAUGAUGCUCAAACCGAUGCUGGCCCGUCCAUGGUAAAACAGAGAAGUGGUGGUACAGAAAUACCAAGACUGAAGUUCGAUAGGGUGGAGAUGUCUACAAAGAUAUUGGGCAUCUUAGAACAGCUUAAUACCAUAUAUUCUGCAGUCUCUAGAGCGCUACUGAGCUAUAGCCAUAUCCCUGACCAGGACAUUGCCAUGAACAGACCCAAAACCACCCCACAAAUUAUAGAGCCUAAGUUAUAUGGGAGGGAUAAUCAGAAAAAGUUUAUUAUACAUGAAAUUGAUAAUAGUGAAUGUUGCGAACUUACUGUUCUUCCAAUUGUUGGCCCGGGGGGCAUUGGCAAGACAACGUUCACACAACACAUAUAUGAACAAAUGAAGAGCCAUUUCCAGGUUCGCAUAUGGAUAUGUGUCUCUCACGCUUUUAAUGCAAAUAAGUUGGCAAAAUAUAUUGUGAAAAAGAUCCCAAAAGUUGAUAAUGAAAAGGAAAGUUCGAGUGAUGAAGAUCUUAUCAAGCUAAGAAUCCAAGGAAAGAGGGUUUUACUUGUCUUAGAUGAUGUGUGGAAACAUCCAAAGAAUGAGUGGAAAAAACUAUUAGCUCUAUUUGAAAAAGAGGGGGGGAAAGGUAACAUGGUUAUAGUUACGACUCGAAUACCUCAUGUAGCAAACGCAGUUAAGACAACUAAAUGCUCACUGCAGCUCGAGCGUCUAAGUCAUGUAGAUAUUAUGUCUUUUUUCAAAGAAUGUGUAUUCGAUGAACAAGACCCAUGGGUUAACCAUCCAGAAUUAACUGACUUUGGGAGUAAAAUAGUGGACAAAUUGAAGGGCUCACCUCUUGCAGCGAGAACUGUUGGUAGAUUACUAAGAAACAACCUUACAAUGAACCACUGGAGAAGCGUUCUAGAAAGUAAAGAAUGGGAAUCACAAACGGACGAAAAUGAUAUCAUGCCAGCUCUAAAGCUUAGCUAUGACUGCCUUCCUUUCCGUUUGCAACGAUGUUUUUCUUUUUGUUCUUUGUUUCGUGAAGAUUAUGAAUUUGGUAGGGAAGAGUUGGUUCACUUGUGGAUUGGACUAGAUAUUUUGCAUUCACCUGAUCCGAUGAAAAAAGGAAAUGAAGAUGAUGGACGUAGAUCUUUAGAUGAAUUGGUUGAUUAUGGAUUUUUUAAAACAAACAAAAAAGAGAAAGGAAGCCCUUGUUAUGUUAUCCAUGACCUACUACACAACUUAGCAGUCAAGGUUUCAUCGUAUGACUGUAUUAGCAUAAAUGGCUCUAACUUGAAGCACAUACAAAUACCCCCCACGAUACGUUACUUGUCUAUCACCGUGGAUAACACAGACAUUGAGAAUAAACUGUCUUUUGAAGAUUAUAAUGAGAAUUUGAGUGCACUAGGGAAAAGAUUGAAGGUUGAGAACCUACAUACUUUAAUGUUGUUUGGAGAUUACCAAGGAAGCUUUGCCAAAACUUUUGGUGCAUUGUUUAGGGAGGCUAAUGCCAUUCGCGUCAUUUUCUUGUCCGGGGUGUCAUAUGAUAUGGAUGAUAUAUUCCACAACUUUGCAAAACUUGUCCAUCUUCGCUACUUAAGGAUGAGUACGUUGGAUUACAGGACCAUCUCCUUACCAAGUGCGUUCGUCAGAUUGUACCAUUUAGAGGUUAUUGAUGUAGAUGGCAAGGGUGCUUGCCUUAUUUCAACUAAAUGUAUGAGCAACCUUGUAAAAUUACGUCACUUUUAUGUGAAACGACAUAUACCUAAUAACCCCCAGUUUGAUAUUCCUCAGGUCGGAAAACUAAAAUUCUUUCAGGAAUUAAGGGCAUUUAGGGUGAGAAAGGAGAGUGAGGGUUUUGAACCGAGUCAACUUGGGCAGUUGAAACAGAUCAGGGGAUCACUUGGUAUUUAUAAUCUUGAAAAGGUGCAAACAAAAGAGGAAGCAAAUGAGUUAAAACUGACACGCAAGAACCACCUAAGAGAACUCAUAUUAGAAUGGGAUGCUAAGCGUCCUAAUAAGGAUCCUGUACAAGAAGAAAGUAUCCUUGAAAGUCUUGUACCACAUGACGAACUUCAAGAGCUAUGCAUUAAAUGGCAUGGGGGCACUAAUUGCCCAUCCUGGCUACGUGAUAAUCUCUCAGUUAAAUAUUUGGAAUCUCUUUGUCUGGAUGGUGUAUCAUGGAAGAAUCUUCCACCUCUAGGGGAGAUGUGGAUGGUUAAUGAGCGUGGCGAAGAGUAUCAGUGUUGUAGUAUAUCAUCUCCAAGCUUUUAUAAUUUGAAAAGGCUUCAAUUAAGUAAUAUGUCUAGUUUAACAAAGUGGUUUGGAAAUGGUGCUUGUCCUUUUUUCUCCCGCUUGGAAGUGAUCAUCAUUACAUAUUGUUCUGAACUUACGGAGUUACCGUUUUCACAUCCUACUUCCUGUCAAGCACAACAAGAGAAGAAAAUGGCUUGGUUUCCUAGACUAGAGAAGCUUGUUAUUGCACACUGCCCAAAACUAGCGGCCUUGCCUCCUAUCCCUUGGAGAAUUCAUUGUUCAUGCCAUGCUAAGAUAGAAACAGUAGGAUCAGGUUUUGAGGAGCUCUUUUACGGAAGAACAAGAAUACAUGGAUCGAAAAAAGGGGUGGAACUUAAUGUAAAAGGUGGUCACGGUAAUGUGUUGUGGAAUGGGGUGAAUUUCUCUAAUCUAGCUGAUGUGGAAUAUUUGCAUAUGAGUAGAUGUCCUCUCCUGCCGUUGAAUCACAUGGGAGUGCUAACUUCGCUGAAAGAUAUCACGAUAUUUGAUUGUCGGAGUGGCAUCUUGCCGCGGGUUCAAGGUGUGGUUCAUGGCAUAUACCGGUUUUCAUGUGAAUACUUCCAUAUUAUUCGCUGUGAUACUAGUGGGGAAGAAUUGACGCUGUUGCUCUCAUUCUUUCCGGAGAUCUCAAAAUUGACAAUAUGUGAUUGUAAGAAUAUAAAUGGGUUAGGUGUGGCGGAUAAUGCAAACACAGCAACGGAAGAGCAGCAGCAGACAAGAGGCGAUAACAAGGAAAUAAUAACAGCUGCGGCAUAUUCACAAGGAAUGCUGCUCUUGCCUCCCAAGAUACAGGACUUGACAUUUGAUCACUGUUUCGUCAAUCCACCGAACGAUGACCACGCAGGCGGAGGUGGGCUCCAACGUCUGAGCGCCCUCCGCCGGUUGUUUAUAGAAAAUUGCCCCGAGUUCUUCUCCUCGAUUUCGUCCUCCUCUUUUCCCCCUUUCCCGACCUGCCUGCAACAGCUCACCCUGGAUGGCGUUAAGCACAUGGAGACGCUGCACCUCUCAAACCUCACCUCUCUCACCCAAUUAAACAUGAGAUCACUUGGGGAGGCAACAGCCGAGGGCUUGUGGCCUCUCCUCGCCCACGGCCGCCUCACACAACUGCACAUCCAUGAUGCCUCCGGUUUCUUCGCCGAUCCCGACCCCUCACGGCCGCAUGACAUAGAGCUGUUUUCCCGUUCCUCCAAGCUCUUGGAUCUGACCACGGCAAGCAACACAGGAGUCCUUGCCGCGUCGAUCUGCAGCCUCCUCUCUUCCACCCUCACCGGAUUGGAUCUCAGGUUCAUUGGCGACGAGGUGGAGAGCUUGACAGAGGAGCAAGAAGAUGCCCUUCAGUUACUCACCUCUCUCCAAUACCUCCGAUUUGUCGGGGGAGACAAGCUGCAGCGCCUCCCUGCAGGGCUACACAAGCUUAUCAACCUCAAGGAAUUACAGAUCUCGUUUAUUUCGGCCAUCCAGUCGCUGCCCAGCCUUCCGAGCUCUCUGCGGGAAUUAGUGAUCCAACUUUGUAAAUCCCUCAAGUCGCUGCCCAGCAGCCUCCCGAGUUCUCUGGAAAAACUGGAGAUCUCCUGCUGUCACGCCAUCAAGUCGCUGCCCAACAGCCUCCCGAGUUCUCUGGAAAAACUGAAGAUCUCCUCCUGUCACGCCAUCAAGUCGCUGCCCAAGGAUGGCCUUCCAAGUUCAAUGCUAGAAUUAGAUGUCCAUGGCGGCAACAGCGAGGAGCUAAAAAGGGCGUGCUGCAAGCUAAUAGGAACCAUUCCGGUUGUUAAAACCUGA